AGACCCGUCUUGGUUUCAUGCAUUUGACACCACGGCAGGCAAAAAAUCGAAUUCGCAAAAAAAAGAAAACAACACCAAGCAGUUGAACUGCUACGAGAUUUUCUCGACAACAUUGAAGUAUUAUUUGGAUUAAAAUCCAACUAUACGAGUGCAGCAUGGACGGGGAAGCAAUGCUAGACAGUUAUUUACGCAAAGCAGUCAAUCCCAAUAACGACGAUCUCGACGUUUCUGCGUUUGACCAAUUCUGUCUCAAGCUCAAAACUGAACCGAGGUUGAUCACCGUUGCUCUUCAACUUUUGGUCGAGCGAAUACAUUCCUCGAACACGAAGGAGGCUCUCCUGGCUUUGGAGGCGCUGGAGGAAUGCAUGGAAACGUGUGGCGAGGAAUUUCGGGCGGAGAUCAACAAGUUUAGAUUUCUGAAUGAACUGAUUAGGUUAGUGUCGAAAAAACAUCAUGGGGACAAAACGUCGAAAGAGGUUUCCGGAAUGAUUUUGAAUAUCCUCCUGACGUGGACUAACAAAUAUGACAAGUUUAAAAAAAUUGAAGCGGCCUACAAUAUGCUGAAAACUCAAGGAAUUGAGCAUCAUCCACAGAAAAACGUAGUUGUUCAAAAUACGCCAAAAAAUAAACCUAGCACCGGGUUGGACGAGAAAGAAUUUACUAAACUACGAGCAUUGAUUCACAGUACCAAGCAGGAAGAUCGUGACAAGGCAAAUCUUUUGAUUCAAAACUUCUACCGUGAUGAUGAACGGCGCACGGCAAUAAAAGAUCGUCGUGUCGCAGAGCUACAGAAGGUGUCGGAAAAUGUAAAGCUGCUCGAUGAAAUGCUUUCCCAGUACCAACCAGGCGAAACAUCGGAAGAGGAGUUGGCCAUUAUUCAUGAAAUCUAUGAGUCCUGCGAAAAAAUUAACCCUACUAUCGAUCGACUCGCACAGGAAACUCAACACAGCGAAGGAAUGCUGGAGAGAAUCUACGAUGUUUACGAUAACCUAACGCAUGUGUUGAAGAAGUACCGACAGCUUAUUCCAUCGGCGCAGCAAGCUUCCACAAAGCCGCGGGUAUCAGUGAACUCAACUACGGCACUGCAAUCCAAAGUUUCAACGGAAACUUCCCAGUCAACAAACAUAAGCGGAUCCGACCCGCUUGACACUUUGUUCGAUGUUUCUACCAUUCCGUCAAGCAGCGAAGCACCCAGGAGUGCCUACGAUGACCUGAGUGAAAUAUUCUCCACCACUGUUAGCACAGAUGAGAUUCAAAAUGUAAAAUCCGAUUCGGCCAAAUCGCUAAUGUCAGCAAUCAACACCGAUACUAUUUUGACCCCCUUGGUAAUGAGCAGCCAGUCAAGUGCAAUCGAGGCGCCUCGGGUGCCCACAGCUAACGCUCUGGAUAAGUAUAACGAUGUACGACAUCUACUGCGUAACAUAAAGGGGAAUGAUCAGAAUCAAUCGAAAAAUGUACCUACCAACGGAGAAAUGAAUAAAAAGUCUCCCAACACGAGCACCAAUUCAACGCAAGUGAACGUCUCAACGACAGCGAAGUCAAUUCCGGACCUUGAUGUCAUAGUGAACGGGAUGAAGUCAACACUCCUCUCGCAACAUUCUGACGAAAUUCAAGACCAACAGUGCUGCGUCUCUUCCAGCGAAGAGGAUGAAAUAAUGCUUAAACCCACGACCCCUGAGGAAGAAGAAACUCCCGAGUCAUUAGCUCUAGCACCCACAGUGUCUUCUCCGGCAGUAGUUGUACCUAAGAAGGAGUUUAAAUCUCUGGCAGAAAUUGUUAUCGAUUUGGACAACAUUCAACCCAGCAAGGAACCCUCGCGGACCGUUUUGGACGAAAAGGAUGGUCUGCAAAUAACGCUUAACUUCGCGAGCGAUCAUCCGAGGGCGGAUGUGGCGGUGAUAGUGAUUUCCACUAUCAAUCAGGGACGCAUCGGGAUUCCCAGCUUCUAUUUCGAUGCUAGUGUACGAAAACCGGGUAAGCUACGACUACUGCCGGCGUCUGGUACAAGCCUACCAGGGACGAAGCCGUUCCGACCGCCAGCGGAAGGCAUAACGCAGGUGCUGCUGCUGGCGAAUCCUUCCGGCGAACCGGUCGAUUUGACGUGCAUUCUAACCUACUGUAUCGGGGACGAUCCGGAUCCCAUCAAGGAAUCAAUUGUUAUGGAACGUAUUCCAUUUGUGAGAGAAUAGAGAUUGCGCUGGCAUCUUAGUCGUAUGAUUAGUGUUUUGUUUGCAUGUGAGGAACAGUUGGUCUGUGAUGCGUUGAGUAUGUUGUUUCGAUUUCCUAUCUGGCAGCUUCAAAUAAAACUAUUUUUGGCAGUUUUCCUCGAAUAAUAAAAAAAUAUGUUUUCACAAUUAACCAUUGAACUCUCAAAUAGUGCAGGUGCUAUUGAGCGGAAAACAAAACAAAAAUUCUAGAUCUUAUCUCAUUAUUUUUUUUUCAAACAGUUUUAUCCCCUAACGAAAUGUAAACAUAGAUAAAAUAUAAAAAUAUUAGUAAUAUGCACUGAGAAAA